AUGAGACAAUUGAAGCAUCACGAGAAGAAGCUUCUGCGGAAGGUCGACUUGUAUUCAUGGAAGGGCGAAGACAAUCUGCGGGUGGCGAAGGUAAUGCGACGGUAUCACAUUCAGAACCGUGAGGAUUACACUAGCUACAGUCGAAUAGUGGGAAUGAUCACCAAACUAUCGGCCAAACUCAAGACUCUCCCAGCCGAUAAUUCGUUUCGCAUUGCCAUGACCGAUCAGCUGCUAGCGAAACUAAACGACAUGGGUGUGAUAACGACAACAAAGUCGUUGCAGAAGGCGGAAGAAGUGACGGUCUCGGCAAUUUGCCGGCGACGACUUCCCGUGAUCAUGGUGCGUUUAAAAAUGGCGGAAUCGAUCAAGAACGCGGUAACAUGGGUGGAACAGGGUCAGGUCCGCGUGGGACCCAAUGUAGUGACCGAUCCAUCCUUCUUGGUGUCCAAAUCCAUGGAAGAUUAUGUGACUUGGGUCGAUCAGUCCAAGAUUCGACGGACGGUCCAAAAGUACAACGACAAGCUGGAUGAUUUCGACUUGUUGUAG